UGACAUCUACUGUUGACCUGCUAUCUCCCCCUAAAGACCCCCUGGACCCCCCUAAAGAAGACUAAAACUGGUCUGUUGUGGGUCUCAGAGGGUUCAUUCAGCCUGUUCAAGCCAAGAGAGAUUCUUAUGAACACAUCAUGUUAAAUGGCUGUGAACACACAGUCACAGAACUCAGCUGAUUUCCUUUAAAUGGAGAGAGGAGAAGGCACUCUGACCAUGUGAUCCUGACUCAUGAGAACAGAGGAAGGGAACUCUGAAAGUUAAGUGCGCAGUUUAGUAAACCCAGACUCCAUUUUGAGGCGACGGAGCAGAGCAGGAGGAGGAGCAGGAGGAGGACACGUGAAGACUGAAGCAGGUCAGUGUUCCUGUUUUACCUCUCAGACUGACUUCAGAUCAGAAGAUGAGUGACUGUGUGGAGGAAGAGGAGGACGGAGCAGAGUCUCUAGUCUCCGGCUGUCUGUCUAUGAAGAGUGACCGGUCCAAAGAUCUUCCUCUAUUCUUCAGUAAUGAACCUCGACCCUCAAACACAAAACUGACUUCAGAUGUGAAGAUGAGUGACUGUGUGGAGGAAGAGGAGGACAGAGCAGAGUCUCUAGUCUCCGGCUGUCUGUCUAUGAAGAGCGACCGGUCCAAAGAUCUUCCACUAUUCUUCAGUAAUGAACCUCGACCCUCAAACACAAAACUGACUUCAGAUGUGAAGAUGAGUGACUGUGUGGAGGAAGAGGAGGACGGAGCAGAGUCUCUAGUCUCCGGCUGUCUGUCUAUGAAGAGCGACCGGUCCAAAGAUCUUCCAAUAUGGUUCAGUAAUGAACCUCGACCCUCAAACACAAAAGAGAAGAGGAGUCAUGCUUCUGUGGAGGAGCCGAUGUCCAGAUCCAGAAAAAGACCUCGACUGCAGACAGCCAGUCAGACCAGCACUGUACAAACAGAUAGUGGUCUGCAGGAGGUUUUAGAUGAACAUAAGAUCAGUCUGAAGAAGAGAUGUGAACGUGUGACUGAAGGAACUGAUGAAACAGGAAGUGGAACCCUCCUCAACAGGAUCUACACUGAGCUCUACAUCACAGAGGGACAGAAUGAAGAGGUUAAUACCCAACAUGAGGUGAGGCAGCUUGAGACAGCUUCCAAGAAGACCCUCCAUGACGCUCCAAUCAAGUGCCACGACAUCUUUAAAGCCUUACCUGACCAACAGGGACACAUCAGAGUCGUUCUGACGAACGGCGUCGCUGGCGUUGGAAAAACCUUCUCAGUGCAGAAGUUCACUCUGGACUGGGCAGAGGGCUUGGAGAACCAAGAUGUCAGUCUGGUGGUUCUGCUUUCGUUCAGGGAGCUGAACUUGAUCAGAGAUGAGCAGUACAGUCUUCUCAGGCUGCUCCGUGUUUUCCAUCCAACAUUACAGAAGGUCACAGCAGAGAAGCUCGCUGACUGUAAAGUUCUGUUCAUCUUUGACGGCCUGGAUGAAAGCAGACUUUCACUGGAUUACAAGAACAACGAGGUUGUGUCUGAUGUCACCCAGAAGUCAUCAGUCAACGUGCUGUUGACAAACCUCAUCCAGGGGAAUCUGCUUCCCUCAGCUCUCGUCUGGAUAACUUCCCGACCUGCAGCAGCCAAUCAGAUCCCUCCUGCAUGUGUUGACAGGGUAACAGAAGUACGAGGCUUCACUGACGCCCAGAAGGAGGAGUACUUCAGGAGGAGAGUCAGUGAUGAAGAGCUGUCCAGCAGAAUCAUCUCACACAUCAAGAUAUCCAGGAGCCUCCACAUCAUGUGUCUAAUCCCAGUCUUCUGCUGGAUCACUGCUACAGUUCUGGAUCACAUGUUGACUACAGACCAGAGAGGAGAGCUACCCAAGACCCUGACUGACAUGUACUCACACUUCCUGGUGGUUCAGACAAAGAGGAAGAAGCAGAAGUAUGGUGAGGGACAUGAGACGAGUCCACAGGAGCUGACGAAGGCUGACAGGGAAGUUCUUCUGAAGCUGGGGAGGCUGGCGUUUGAACAUCUGGAGAAAGGAAACAUCAUGUUCUACCAAGAAGACCUGGAGCGGUGUGGUCUGGAUGUCACAGAGGCCUCGGUGUACUCAGGAGUUUGUACAGAGAUCUUCAAAAGAGAGUGUGUGAUCUUCCAGAAAACAGUCUACUGCUUUGUUCACCUGAGCAUUCAGGAGUUUCUGGCUGCAGUCUACAUGUUCCACUGUUUCACAAACAGGAACACAAAGGUACCAGAGGACUUCCUGGGAAAAAGAUAUGUUCAUUUAACCCUGGAUGUCUUCCUGAGGAGAGCCAUGGAGAAAUCCCUUGAAAGUAAAAAUGGCCACCUGGACCUGUUUGUUCGCUUCCUUCAUGGCCUCUCUCUGAAGUCCAACCAGAGGCUCUUAGGAGGUCUGCUGGGUCCGACAAAGAGCAGUCCAGAAAUCAUCCAGAGAGCCAUCAACAACCUGAAGGAGAUGAACAGAGAUAAUACCUCUCCUGACAGAAACAUCAACAUCUUCCACUGUCUGACGGAGAUGAACGACCACUCGGUACAUCAGGACAUCCAAGAGUUCCUAAAGUCAGAGAACACAUCAGAGACAGAACUCUCUGUGAUCCACUGCUCAGCUCUGGCCUACAUGCUGCAGAUGUCAGAGGAGGUUCUGGAUGAGUUGGACCUGAAUAAGUACAACACAACACAGGAGGGACGACAGAGACUGAUUCCAGCUGUGAGGAACUGCAGAAAAGCUCUGUAAGUCCAGAUGUGAUUAACCUUAUAGAUCAGUGUAGUUCUUCAAGUAUGCACACUAUAAAUUAUUCUUAAAAUAUAAUAUUCUUAUAAGUGUUCCACGUGUUUAUUACAUAAAUAUGUCCGUUGUAUUUUGUCACAGAUGUUUUUGAGCUGUU